AGCCUUGUGCAGGUGCUGGCGUGGGUAGUAGGGAGUGCCACACAGGCACCAGGAAGAUGCAUCCGGGGGCUACAGGUGCCUUCAAGGCCUUGUUCCUUGUCUUCGCCUCCCUCUGCGCAUGGUACUCCGGGUACUUGGUGGCAGAGCUCAUUCCCGAUGAGCAUCUGACUAGCGCUGUCUACAGGGUGCGGAGCAUCGGGGAGAAGCCUGUCCUCAAAGCCCCACCCCCGAGAAGGCAAAAAUGUGACCACUGGACUCCAUGUCCCCCCAACACCUAUGCCUACCGGUUACUGAGUGGGGGAGGCAAAGACAGGCAUGCCAAGAUCUGCUUUGAGGAUGAGCUGCUCAUGGGCGAGAAGAUGGGCAACAUCGCAAGAGGGAUAAACAUCGCCAUCGUCAGCUAUGAAACUGGGAAGGUGACAGCAACGCGAUCUUUUGAUAUGUACGAAGGCGAUAACUCCACACCCAUGAUCCGGUUCAUUGAGAGCGCACCCACCAAGUCCCUGCUGCUUAUGGUGACCCACGACGAUGGAAGCACCAGACUGAAGGCUGAUGCCAAGAAGGCCAUUGAGGCGCUGGGAAGUAGACAAAUUCGGAAUAUGAAGUUCAGGUCCAGCUGGGUGUUCCUGGCGGCCACCGGCUUCGAGCUGCCCGCAGGACUUCCGAGGGAAAAGAUCAACCAUUCUGAUGAUUCCAAGAACAGGUACUCCGGCUGGCCGGCAGAGAUCCAGAUCGAAGGCUGCAUACCCAGAGAGCAGAGCUAGCACCCGGCGGCCCUCAAUAAAUGUGUUUGUGUGACAAGGCA